GAUGAGAGCUCAUCCUCAUUCACACUCUUUUUCAGAAGGUGGCGGUAAUGCACUAAACGUUAUUUUUGAAGAAGAAGAAGAAGAAGAAGAACAAGAAGACGACGACGACAUAACUAGUGUCUUCAGAAGCUCUGUUGUGAUUUUGAUGAGCUGCGCCCGUAGACCUUAUCUUAAUUUAAUACUUCAUAGAAUAAUUAUGUGGACGACAUAAGUCAUUUGCUCAGAAGUGUAAUCGUUAACGUUAGCUGUCAAUGUCCCCUAAGCCAUCGGAAUCUGACUGUAACGGGUACACCACCUAGCACCCAUUUACUGGAUCUGAACAUGGGCCAAAGAAGGAAAGGAUGUGACCAGGUCCCUGCCCACUUCAAGCCUAACACUCAUCCUUCUACAGCACGCACUCCUGACACACACUCUUCCAGCACACAUAGAGGUUCUGGCCAUGAGGACUGUGUGAAGCACAGUAUCUGUAUGGUGUCUGAUUUUUUCUACCCCAACAUGGGUGGGGUUGAGAGUCAUAUCUACCAGCUCUCACAGUGUCUUAUAGAGAAGGGCCACAAGGUUGUCAUAGCAACACAUGCAUAUGGUGACCGCCGUGGAGUUCGCUACCUCACCAAUGGUUUGAAGGUGUAUUACCUCCCACUACAGGUGAUGUAUAACCAGUCCACAGCCACUACCUGCUUCCACAGCCUGCCUCUGCUCAGGUGUGUGUUUGUGCGUGAACGUGUGACUGUGGUGCACGCCCACAGCUCCUUCUCAGCCAUGGCUCACGAUGCCCUGUUCCAUGCCAAGACAAUGGGCCUCAACACUGUCUUCACUGACCACUCGCUUUUUGGAUUCGCUGAUCUCAGCUCUGUUCUGACCAAUAAGCUGCUGACUGUGUCUUUGUGUGACACCAACCACAUUGUGUGUGUAUCGUAUACCAGUAAGGAGAACACUGUGCUGAGAGCUGCACUCAACCCUGACAUUGUCUCUGUCAUCCCUAAUGCGGUUGACCCCUCCGACUUCACCCCUGAUCCAGGUUUCCGUGAUGACAGCAAGAUUACAAUUGUUGUAGUUAGCCGACUGGUCUACAGGAAAGGAAUUGAUCUGCUGGGGGGAAUCAUCCCAGAGCUGUGUGCCAAUCAUCCUGAUCUCUGCUUUCUAAUUGGUGGAGAAGGUCCUAAGAGAAUUGUUCUGGAGGAAGUUAGAGAGAAGUAUCAGCUUCAUGACAGGGUGCGUCUUUUGGGUGCUCUGGAUCAUAAGGAUGUAAGAGACAUUCUUGUGCGAGGUCAUAUCUUCCUGAAUACUUCACUGACCGAAGCCUUUUGCAUGGCCAUAGUGGAGGGUGCCAGCUGUGGCCUGCAGGUGGUGAGCACUCGUGUUGGAGGUAUACCUGAGGUUCUUCCUGAUGAGUUGGUGACUCUGUGUGAGCCCACAGUUAGCUCCCUCUGUGCUGGCCUGGAGACUGUCAUCGCCAGGCAGCGCUCGGGCAACGUACUGUCUCCAGCAGCCAUCCACCACCAGGUCCGAACGCUCUACACUUGGAGAAACGUUGCUGAACGUACAGAGAAGGUGUAUGAUCAGGCAUGCAGGCAGCCUGUCUUGCCAUUGCCCGCUCGACUGCGGAGGCUGCGCUCCCACUGCGGUGCUGUCGCAGGUUCCAUCUUCUCCUUCAUUGCCGUCAUCAACUUCCUCUUCCUGCUGUUCCUGCAGUGGCUUCACCCUGAUCACCUCAUUGACGUUGCAAUGGACACAUCUGGCCCACACAGCUGUUGGAGGAGAUUAAGGAAGGAAAAGCCUAAAGACUCAAAUUCUGCUGUCAUCUGAUGCUGGUAUACAUAACAAGACACUGUUGAAUUCUGGACAGCUGGCAGUCCUGUAUUCAAAAAAUUGUUGAGAUUAAACUUUUUCCUUAGUUAGGAAGUCUUUUGAAAUUCUAGAGAGUGUAGUGAACAUUUCUGUUUACAUUCCAAUGAAAGGUAUCUGAAGACAUUAGAAGGAUCUUCCCUGUUCCUCAGUAUGUCUAAGGAUCUGACGUUUUUUUUUUUUUUUUGUCUAACCUCUGCUGGAGGAGAUGCACAGUGUUCACCUACAGGAAUAUCCAGUUUUCCUGUUGUAGCACUGGCUGUUGUUUUUCCAGGCAGUAAUGAAAGGGCCCCAUGCACUAAUCUCUUUUCAUAUCAGUGUACUGUUUACCUUAAAGUCAUUGCCUUUUCUUUUGUUCACCAGCUUAAGUACAUUUAACUCAUCAGCAUAGUUUCUCUACUCAAAAAACAUAUCCUUCAUCUUGAGCUCAUGCUAUUAAUUUUGACUUCAGCAACAUGACUCCAAUCUUAGCCUUACUUACUUCAACCCUCUGUUGAAAUGGUAAUAUGUAUCCAGCAGAACUAAAGGGGAAUACUUGUUUUUUUUUGUUUUGUUUUUUUUUUCCAAAAUUUGCAAUUUUCCAUCAUUGAGAUGUAUACAGAGUCAUUCUGAGUGUUUAGAUGUGAAUUUCUUUAUAAUGGAGGUGGUCGAAACCAGGGGUUACAAUAUCUACAACACAAAUAUAGCCAUUUCAUUAACUGUCCAAAAUCACCAGAGAUCCUAUACAUCUGAGUUUUUACAUGUAAUGUUGAUAUAAAAUAGUGGUAAAUCUGGGUCUGUUUUGCCUUACAUCACCCUGCAUGUACCUCUCCAGCAUGAAUGACUUUUAAAAAUGUUUUAGACCAAAACCCAAUCUAUAAAGUAUUGUAAAAUAAUGGCAUGUAAUAGCUUUCUGUGAGGGAGUGUUUAGAGGCACUAACUCUUCAGACAUCUGGUUCUUCACAAAGUUUCUCUCGAAUUGUGUUUUUUAAGCCUGAGUUUUAGUCUGAAGUCACUGUUGGGUGUUUUAUUACUGAACAACUCGGGUUUAAUAUGUUUUUUAUAAUUAGUUUAUUUCAGAUAGCCUCUUCUUAUGACUUCAUGUUUGCCUUGGCCAUAGUGCUCUUUUGUAAUUACAAAAUGUAUGAUGAUAAUAUAAAUGUUUUUAUACUACUUUGAUAAAAGAAGCAUGUGCUCUGUGUUGCUUAUGUAAAUUUAAAUUAUACCGAGCUGACAGAUUAUCUCUAUUAAAAUGUGCAAAAAUUGGCAUGA